UAGACGUCAAAUACUUUGGCAGCUGAUUGAUGUUUGCAAAUAUUUGCUUGUGUUCAAGUGAACUGUCUGGUUCGGAUUCGAGUUGUUUUGGUGGGCAUUUAAUUGUCGCUAGCCGUUUCGACAUUGUCAUUUACAUAACGUGUUGCGGGAAAAGUCUGUAGACGUCGAGCUAGAUCAGCCAGUGAAGUGAUUCCAUCAAACCAGACUAGAAAGACAACAUAAAGAUGGCACAACGGGCACCUAAUAAAAACCUUGUCGGCAGAUUGGUGAACAGCCUUAAGAGCAAGGAGUUUCGUGAUUAUUUAAUGAGCACACAUUUUUGGGGGCCAGUGGCUAAUUGGGGAAUUCCGCUUGCAGCAAUUGCAGAUUUUAAAAAGGACCCGAAAUUCAUCUCCGGCAGGAUGACCCUUGCGCUAACACUCUACUCGUGCGUGUUUAUGCGUUUCGCCUGGAAGGUACAACCAAGAAAUAUGCUGCUUUUUGCUUGCCAUUUAACAAACGCCACUGCUCAGACAGUUCAAGGUGUACGUUUUGUAAAAUACGAAUUUUUAGAUAAGAAGCACACAGCGUAAAAAAACAUAGAAGAACGUACAGUGCAGGUGCUACUACAAUGAACCGCAGUUAUAUUAAAGUCAUAGUUAAAUUCAAAUUCAAGUGUACAAAAACUAGCACAAAAUGAAAAUCGAGACUUAGCGGCUCAUGCGCUUAAUAAUGAAUCCAUUCUUAACUUUAAGCGCCUCACGAACUUACGCCGGCUCUAUGCUUACAUGUGUUCGUGUAAAUAACUUCCAAAAUAUUAGAUAAGCUCUUUGUUAAUAAUCGAAUAUGCCUUUUAGGGUAUAAUUAUCUAAAGGAGCUAAUGAUAUUUACUAUCGAAAACAAUGUAAAUAAUAACAUAUUUAAAACAAAGAAAUGACUGUACCAGCCUUGUUAAUCUACACUUUCUUUUAGAUACAUUUUAGUACUUUUAGCUAUUUAAAAAUCUACAACUCUUGAAUGCUGGACUAUUGAAUGGAUGACAAAGUACAAUAUCAGCAAAUAAAAAAUUAAUUUAUCUUGACAUGAAAUAGCAAAAUAGAAUAAAGCGACCUUCCUUUCUAUUGUAUUAUUGGUAUCAGUCAUCAAAAAUGUUUGUGACGUGGGAAAAUUUUCAGGAAAUAAACUGAUAAGAUUAAGCGGUACUGAUUUAGUUUUGCAUAACUGCCAGCAAAUACAUAUUUGAAGUGGCGAACAUAACAUAUCAAGUUUGUCAAGAGCGCAUGCAUAAUUGAGUAGACCACUCGCAAACAGCGUCAACGACGUAGCGUAGACGUAGGUUGACGCAGACACGAUCUACAUUACAGUGGUGGAUACAGGCAGGGGGGAUACGUUGGGUGCGAUUGGGAUCAACUUGUCAAAUAACGUUAAAUUACAGGCAUCUAACCCUAAUUUAUUUUUCAUGCAAAUAUAUGUUUGAAGUGUUUUGCGAUAAAUGUUACUUUUACUUAUU